UCAAGUUUUAAUUAAUCUACAAGAAGGAUUAAAAUUUAGUUCUUUAUUGAUUUACUAUUUAGUACCAUUCAACCUGUCUAAUUAAGGUGUGUACCAUUGGAAAUUCCAACUUUCGAUUUCGUAUUGUACAACUUUCGAUUUAAGAAUGUCGAGAAUACCAGAUUACGCUCACAAUUUGUCACUUAGAAUGUCUCAAGUGAUGGAUGGGAUUGGUGUUAGUGAAAAGAUAAUGAUGAAAAGAAGAAGAUUAAUGCUACUGAAUGAAUCACUAUUUACGUUAACUCAUCAGCUUCUCGGUAAAGAUAGGAAUGUGUUCUUUUUCGGUAGUCAAAUAGAAGGUACAACAACUAUAGGAUUAAAUUCUGACUUAGAUUGCCUUAUAUCUAUGAACAAUUAUAAUGUGAUACAAGACUGGAGUGAAUGGGAAUAUGGUAAACAUAAUUUGUUGAUGAUACAAGAUGAGUAUGUCUCACCAGGGUAUUGUUUGUUACAAGAGUUAAGAGAUGAUGCUCCAUUACCACUCGUAGUUGAAGUUAAUGACAAUUCAUAUAGGGACAGAAUGGGGAGAAUAUUGUUAAAAAAUACAAUGUUUAAUGUUUUAGAAAAUGCAGUAAGAAACGGUCCUGCUCAAUCUGUUCGAGAUGUUCCUGGAGUCGAAGAUAAUGAUUACGUUCUUGCCUUUCCUUGUCACGAAAGACCAGUUCAAGCAGGGCAUUGGCUAAAUCAACAUAGAGAAGAGCAUUGGCCAACAAAUGAUAUAGUACAGUACUGUAGAAACACGCGAUGUUUUGUUGUUGGCGUUGGAAAAUCAGGAAGUGUAAAUGAACUACUUGAAUGGAGAAUAUCCACAUCAUUUGCAGAGAGAUAUUUAAUGUUUAAUCUUAACAUAACACAAAUCAGAUGUUAUGUUUUGAUGAAAAUGAUUUUGAAAACAUUUAUAACUCUAAGAUUUCCCGACAACAUUUCAAGUUUCAUGUGUAAAACAGUUUUGUUACAUUGUAUUUCAUAUACUAGAUCUGACGCAUGGAAAGAAAUUACCCUCUUUAUUUGUCUAUCAUUUUGUUUAUCAACACUGUACAACUGUGUUCAAAAUGAAUACUGUCCUCAUUUCUUCAUCACACAAAACAACUUGAUGAGUGGACGUUUUCUCCCGGAAACAAAGCCGUUAAUACUUGAAAAUCUUCGAUAUGUAAUCGAAAGUGAUGGAAGGGCAUUACUUGAAAUUAAAUGCGACAACAUUGAUAAAUAUCUACAGUCCAGUUUAAAUGGUUUUGAACCAAUUCAUCCACAUUUUAUACCAACUCUCAUUGCCGGGCAAUUACUAAAAUAUAUUACCCGUGAUAUAAGCUCAUUCUUCAAAUGUCUGUUAAGUGAAAUGAACGAUUUGUCACCAAGACUUGCGAUGCAAAAACUUUUAACAUUUAUGUCAUAUCACCAUAUUGAGAAUUACACAAACAUAGAUAGAAAAGCUUACCGUUUGAUAACACGAUAUUUAUGUAGUUCACGUGGGUCUAUUCUAUCAUCUUCAAAUAUUAACCAACAAGACCAUUUAACAUACAAAAAGGCUCUUGAAUUCCUGUCAUUAGGACUUGACUCCGAUGUAGCAUCUGGUAAACUGAAACUAGCAUCUUUUUUCUAUUGUACCGGAGAUAUUGAGAGGACUGAACUUAUCCUGAAAAAUAUUGAGGAGUGUUAUGAUUUAAGUGUUGUUGAACCGAUAUGUUGGUGUUACAGUUUCAAACACUAUUCAAUAAGAGACAAAUUCAAAGGAUUAUGUUAUGAAUCAAACGAAGAAUGCAGACUGUUUAAACAUAUAACAGCAUCAUGUGUCUAUUUUAUACGAUGUGAAAGAAACUGUUGUCCAUUAGAACUUCAACAUGAAAUGUUUAGAUCAACACAGGAAGACCAUGCUUACAGAAGUAGAGAUGAUAAAUGGAUGAACAUGGCUGUUGUAGAUUCUCUCCCUUACCUCUACUUCUUGCAGUACAAGACAUAUUCCCGACUAGGAAGACAAGAUGAUAAACAGAGGGCUCUCAAUAACAUUGCCAGAACCAUGGAUGUUGAACCAAAUCUCGGACAUAGGGACACAGCACUCAAUCUUCUCGGCCAGUGUAUGGAAGAAGAGAAUAAUAUAGAAAAUGCUUUCAAAUGUUAUGCGCGUUCCCUUCAGAUAAGAGGACGAAAUAAUUCGGCAAAAUUCCAUAUUUGUAAGCUGUUACACAAAUUGAUCAAUAACUAGUAUUCACAUUCUUUGCAAGAAAAGAAUUAUUGUAUCAUCAUCAAUCAAAAGGAUAAAGUACUCUACAUUUUGAAACAGUGUUUAGAUAAUAAAAAACAUGUUGAAAUAAGGAUAUGUUUUACUUUUAACUGUUUGUAUGAUACAUGUUGAACUUUAUAAUUGUGAUUUUAAAAUUUUAUUUAAAUUGCUUUGUGUAUGAAGAAAAUCCUCGAACUUCGCUGCAAUCAUUAAUACACAUACAAAGGACACUCUCCUUUUUAAAUCAAACAAUUAGAAGGAUUUUUGAAACAUUGCAGUUGUACGCUGUAUACAUGUUUGUUCAUUUUUUACAUCAGAUAAUUGAGCAUAGUGAGUGUCACAAUAUAUAAACGUAUUGAGCGUAAUGCGAUAAAAUAUAUUAUUAGAUUUAAUUUGUUUCUAUGAUAUAGUUACGCUGACUGUUAUAGUGUAUGGAUUUAUAAUUUCUAAAUGCCUUACGUGUUGUAAGAUCGAGACCGCGUAUGUCAAGUUAUUUUUUCUCUUAUUUAUUACUUUUUUCAAAUUUUUGAAGCUAUGGUUGUGCUUUUUGUUUUUGAUAUGUUUUGCACUUAUUUUGUAAAUAUUAUCUUUUUUUUUGAUAACAUUGUUUAAGAUUUACUAUUCAAAAUUCAAAUUUAACUUUCUGAUUAAAAUCAAAACAUGUCAUUUUAGUGCCGUAAAUCACAAUACAAAACGAGACAAUUCCGUGCUUGAAGUUGUUUCAUAUCCAUGUGGAUAAUUUUGUAAGUGUUUGGCCAUAAAAAUAAAGAAAGAAUAUGAUUUUAAACAAUAGCAAAAGAUGAGAUCGAACCACAUACCUUUCGUAUAUAUAUUAGGUAAUCACUUAACCGACUGUGCUAUUCCUUAACAAGACUGGUAAAUGUCAAUACAUAUAACUUAUAUAAUUUCAAUUUUCUCCCUCACAAGCACAUUUUUUUCGCACUUUCAUGGCGUCAUUAAAUGUUAAAAUAGUUGUUUUAGUUUAUAUAGCAAAUAAAUUUAAAUUAUCGAGAGUAUCAAUUAGCUACGGUAUUUUUAGACCGACAUAAUUCAUACUUUCUAAUUAUACAUUUAAAUGCUUAUAUAGAUAUUUAUCCGUGUACAUGGGCUUAUUGUACAUUUCAAAAUGAAUUUAUAAAAUAUUCCAGUAUGAUAAAGGGAAAGUAAUGGUAUUUAAGUUCAUAAGGAAUAAACG